GUUUUUAUGUGGCUCCUGUGUCAGCCCGUUUAGCUAUAAUUUAUAAGAAAUAACUUUCCGCAUCUCGGAUCUUAUAUUCAGCUUAUUAAAUUUGUUGUUGCGCGAAGAUGCCACCAAAAAAGGCGCCCGGUCCGAGUAAAAAAACGGAGCAAAAGAAAAAGGAGAAGGUCAUAGAGGAUAAAACCUUUGGACUGAAAAACAAGAAGGGAACCAAGCAACAGAAGUUCAUUCAGCAAGUACAGAAACAAGUGCAGGCCGGCGGUCAUCAUCCACGACAGGAUGGCGAUAAGAAAAAGGAGGACAAAGAAAAGAAGUUGGCGGAGCAGAGGGAGUUGGCAAUGAUCUUCAAGCCGGUGCAAACGCAAAAAGUGGAAAAGGGUACCGAUCCGAAAUCUGUGGUGUGCGCCUUCUUCAAGCAGGGCACCUGCACCAAGGGUGACAAGUGUAAGUUCUCGCACGAUUUGUCCCUGGAGAACAAGGUGGAGAAACGCUCGGUCUAUGUCGAUAUGCGCGAUAACGAAGAUGAUCCGAUGACCAACUGGGACGAUGCAAAGCUAAAAGAAGUUAUCGACAAGAAGCAUUCGGGUGAAAAGCGACGACCGACCACGGAUAUUAUUUGCAAAUACUUUUUGGAAGCUGUGGAAAAGUCCAAGUAUGGCUGGUUCUGGGAGUGCCCCAAUGGUGAAAAGUGCAUCUAUCGGCAUGCGUUGCCGCCUGGCUAUGUACUCAAGCGAGAUAAGAAAAAGGAGGAGAAGCAAACGGAGAUCUCGCUGGUCGAUCUCAUUGAGAAGGAGCGUGCCGCCUUGGGACCGAAUCAGACGCGGGUGACGUUAGAAUCAUUUCUGGCAUGGAAGAAGCGCAAGAUACAGGAGAAAAAGGCAAAACUGGAAGCCGACGAGGAGCGCAAAAAGAACGACUUCAGCAAGGGCAAACAGUUUGGCAUCUCUGGUCGCGAAAUGUUCAGCUUCAAUCCCGAUCUGGUCGACGAUGGCCCCAUGGAGGAGGGCGAUGCUGCAUUCGAUAUCUAUAAACGGGACGACGAUGAUGACGACAAUACCGUUGAGUUCAAGGAGCUCGAUUUGGCAGCACUUUCACUGGCAGCUAAAGAGGUGGAUGGCUCUGGUACGAUUGCAUCCAAUACGCGAUUACUGGAUCAAGCUACAGAAGCAGCCAAGACUGCCGCUGCCGAAGAUGCAGCGGCCUCCGUAUCCAAUGCUGACACUGAGCCCGCCAUUAACAAAGAUUUGUUUGCGGAUUUAGAUUUGGCGGGUGAGCUGGAUGAUCUUGAUGAUGACGACGAGGAGGACUAGACGUCGAAUGCGGCGAUUGCAGGGCAUUGUUAUAGUUUGAUAUUGAAUUGCAUAUACUGAGUUCUGCCUUUAGCAACUUUUGAUCAAUAAAAUUGUGACUUCACGUGUUGCACAAAUGUUGUCGUGCCACAUUGCAACAUUUGUGUGCCAUUGCUGCAAGUUUUAAAAGUGUCGAAACUAGAA